AGCGAGCGAUAGAUCCUCUCUGCCUUUGCGGAAGCCAGAGGAGCCAAGGCGGCGCUAAAUUAAAUUAGCAUACUAACUAUUUAGCCGUGCGCCGAUGUGGAUGGACAGGUGAAAACAGGACGGAGCUGCCCGAAGAAACACACGUCUUCUAAAGUCAAGACACCGCGAGGUCCAGGCUCAUUUUGUCGGGAUCUUCCUGCCGUCCGCCUGCCGAGGAGAUGGGGGACAAGGCGGGCACCAGAGUUUUCAAGAAGUCGAGCCCCAACUGUAAGGUGACGGUUUACCUGGGAAAGAGAGACUUUGUGGAUCACCUGGACCACGUGGACCCAGUAGAUGGAGUGAUCCUCGUCGACCCCGAGUAUCUGAAGGACAGGAAAGUCUUCGUCACGCUCACUUGUGCGUUUCGUUACGGCCGUGAGGACCUGGAUGUCCUGGGUCUGUCCUUCCGGAAGGAUCUCUACAUCUCCACCUUCCAGGCCUUCCCUCCCGUGCCGGAGGAGAAGAAAGCCAACAGCCGACUGCAGGAGCGACUGCUGAAGAAACUCGGCCAGCAUGCACAUCCCUUCUACUUCACGAUUCCUCAGAACCUCCCGUGUUCAGUCACUUUACAGCCUGGCCCAGAGGACACUGGGAAGGCCUGCGGCGUUGACUUUGAGAUCCGAGCGUUCUGUGCCAAGUCAAUAGAAGAGAAGAUUCACAAGAGGAACUCGGUGCGUCUGGUGAUCAGGAAGGUCCAGUACGCUCCGGAGAAGCCCGGCCCUCAGCCGAUGGUGGAGACGACUCGCAGCUUCCUCAUGUCUGACAGAUCCCUACACCUGGAGGCCUCUCUGGACAAAGAGCUGUAUUACCACGGAGAGCCCAUCAGCGUCAACGUCCACGUCACCAACAACUCCACCAAGACCGUCAAGAGAGUCAAGAUCUCCGUGCGUCAGUAUGCAGACAUCUGCCUGUUCAGUACGGCCCAGUACAAGUGCCCCGUGGCCCAGCAGGAGGCGGAUGACCAGGUGUCAUCCAGCUCCACCUUCUGUAAGGUGUACACUCUGACCCCGACGCUCGACAAGAACCGAGAGAAGAGAGGCCUCGCUCUGGACGGAAAACUCAAACACGAAGACACCAACCUGGCCUCCUCCACCAUUGUCAAGGACGUCACCAACAAGGAAGUCCUGGGGAUCCUGGUGUCUUACAGAGUCAAAGUCAAGCUGGUGGUCUCACGUGGAGGGCUGCUGGAGGCAUGUUUGGACAGAGACGUUUCGGUGGAGCUGCCCUUCAUCCUAAUGCAUCCUAAACCGGUGGAGCCACCGCUGUCCCGCCCACAGUCCGCCGUGCCAGAGAUGGACCCCCCCAUCGACACCAAUUUGAUAGAAUUCGACACGAACAGCAUUUCCCAGGACGACGACUUCGUCUUCGAGGACUUCGCCCGCCUCAGGCUCAAAGGCGCCGUGGACGACAAAGACGAGGACUGCUAGGAGCUCGCCAACCCUUCAUACGCUCGCUUCGAAACCCCACACACACACACACACACACACACACACACACACACACACACACUCACACUCUCUUGAAGUUACAUUCCCCGGCAGAGGGGGUGGAUGAGGGCAUGUUUGGAUGGAGGCUCGGUGGUGUUCUUCCUCUUUUUGCUUCAGCCAUUUUCGUCUUGCCGUCACCAUUUUUAUCGCCGCCGUCUUCUUCUCCAUCUGUCUGUCUCCGUUUCUCUUUUUUGCUGAAGGUUGGAAAAAAAAAACUCCAAAUGUUUAGCAGCUGCAGGACAGAUGUUAGCGGUGCCGAUCGAAAAACAUAAGAUGUGUAGGACGCUGCAUCGCUCGUCUUUGAGCUUUUACUUUGAAAUUGUUUUUUGAACGUCGACUGUUUCCCGCGGCGACGAUCACCGUCUUGUACAAACAGAAUAUAUAUUUGAAACAUAGAAAAAAAGAUAAUCUUCUACGAGCAGUUUGAGAUCCGUGUUCAGUGGCGAUCAACGCUUUUCUUCAAGUAAAAUACCGUAGAUGCUUUUUACAUCCUGGCUGCGAGGGGAGGACACACACACACACAUAUGCACGUGCACACACACACACACACAAGCACGUGCACACACACACACACAUGUGCGCACACACACACUUCACCAGCAUCCACUCUCAUCACACUGAACCCUUUGUUUUGUCAGCUGCACUUUCUUGUUUUAUUUUGAAAGAACCGUUCCAGCGUUGACUGAGUUUCCUAUUUAUUUACAACAAUUUUUCAUCUUUUCUGAAUUUAAGAAUCUGUUAGUUUGUGUUCAGUAUUUUUCUCUCUGUCAUCAGAUGUCAUGACAAGUCGAUAAAACCCCAAAAACAUGUUAGUCCGUCUCUCAAUUCUGUCUGACUUCCUGUCAGUCUCUCAAGCUCUGAAUCCAUUGGUUCCUACUGAACACGUUUUAAACUUUAAAAACAAAUAUUUAGCUAUAUUUUUUUGAAAACUAGACC